UUCCUCACUUACUAACAGUGAGCAGCAUUCAGUGUGUUCAAAGCGUUGAGAAAAAGAGGACAGCAAAAACUCUUUGGCACACACACGGUACUGAAAAACUGGAAGAGGACAUUUGAUAGAGCACAAACUAAGAAACGGAGGAGACCAAAAUGGCAGUGAGUUCAUUUCAUCGUGGGCAAUGGGCCUCCCAAUCCUUACGUGUGACCGCAAAGGAGCUCUCCAUUGUAUGUGUGCGAGGCAAAAACACGGCCAUCGCCGAACGAUUUUCCAAGUAUCAGAGGGCUGCAGAAGAAUCAAAUGCAGACAAGAAAAAAUCUCCGGAGAAAUCGACUCCCUCCUUGCGCAACGGCAAUCUGAACGUCCUGAAGCAGCUGUGGGAGCAGCCGUCUGCCGUCGCCCCCGAAACGCACUCCAGACCGCAGGAACAUCGCUCCACAACCGCUUCUUCAGCUGUGAAUUCUAUUGUGCCGGUAAACGGCGAGACUUCAGAUCUCACAGAACCUUCCACUGUGUCCAGUCCCCCGCCCGAAUCUACGGCCGUUACACAAGCCGGGUUAGAAAGCGACAGCGAGCAGAUGGAGAAGUGGAUGCAGAGAGAUGUGGAGACUUCAGGGGCUGCACUGGUGUCCAGCGUGCCCAUCGAGAAGCCCACCGUGCCUCUCAACAGCCUGAAGAUGAUGUUUGAGAAAGGGGACACCUUCCAAAACAAAGUGUCUAGAGAGGCUGAAAAACCCGGAGACGGUGGCUUUGAAAGUAUGGAGUCUGGAGACAAAGAAACCUUCGAGUCUGAAGCCAAAAUGGUUGAGUCCACUCCUCUCAGGGACCGAAUGGCCAUGUACCAGGCAGCUGUGACCAAGCUCGAUCUCUCAUCCUCCCCCACCAAUGAACCGGCAGACAGUGAAGUCCGCAGUCACGGUGGGAAGCAGAAGGAAAAUGUGCCACCGAUGUUUACCGAUGUGGCCUCUGAAUCCAACACUUUGAAAAGUCCAACAACAGAUAGAAAUGGUUCUGUUAUGAGUCCUGAACAAAACCAGCCUAAAGCUAUUAGGAAGUUUCGAUUGCCUGUUCGUGAAACCUGUGUGACGUGCCUUAAGACGGUGUACCCUUUAGAAAAACUUGUAGCAAAUCAGCAGAUUUACCACAACACCUGCUUUCGCUGUGCCUACUGCAACACUAAACUCAGUUUGGUGAACUACGCCUCUUUGCAGAACAACGUCUACUGCAAGCCACACUUCUGCCAGCUGUUUAAAGCCAAGGGGAACUAUGAUGAGGGUUUCGGUCUCCGACCCCACAAGCAGCUUUGGGAGGUUAAAGAAGAAGGAGGGGAAGAUCAGGUCAAGCUGUCACCUCCAGAAAUCACCUCGAGCCCAACAGUAGAAGAGUCUGCACUGGUCAAAGUCAACGUUCUCACGGCCACUCUGGAGACCCGGGCCCAGGCUGUGUCUGAGAAAUUUGAAAAACCUCCAGAGAUGGGCCGACUAAAAAUCUCUUGGCCUCCACAGACAGAAGACGAGGAGAGCACAGCUCAUACCUACGGUCCUGCUGACGGCGGUGCUGUCAAACCCAUCCGGCCAAAAUGGCCUCCAGAGGGCGACUGCGUAUCAACCAACACGGACAUGUCAGAUCUGCCAAAGAUUCGCAGGAGCGUCUCGCUCAAAGAAAGAAGCAAACCCUUUUCCAUCUUCAGCGCCGCCUCUGCGCCGGUGCCUCAGUCCAGCGAGAGAAAAUCUCCACCUCAAAGGUCUCCAUCAAAAGAGAAGCCAGAGGAGGAAAUGUCGCCCGUUUCUUCGACCACGGACACGCUCAUCUCCUCAGAGGACAUGACUGAAUUUAACCAAUCGGAGGAGGAACAGGAAGUUGAUGGAGUUGAUGGAGACUGCAAAGAGGAAGUCGAUGAGGAAAGUAUGGAACAUGAAGUGUGUGAUGAGGAGGAAGUGGAUGCACAGGAAGAGGAACUUUCUUCUCUGAAGAGCAAAAGUAGUUUGGAAAACAGUCCUCCGUCAUCUCCCCAGAGCGAGUCUGAAUCAGAUUCUCCGCAGAAACAGGCCUCUCAGGAUGUGGGGUUUUGGGAUGGAGAGGAGGCUGAGGAGGACGGUCCUGAUGUGAGUGUGGAGGACCUCAUCAAGAGGAACCGGAAUUACGAUGAUGAGGAAGACGAAGUUGUCUAAGAAACAUACAUUAACGUCAAAUAGAGUAAUAAUGAAAUGCUUCUCUGCUGUUUUCUUUGUGUGUCUUUGUUUUUGUUUUCUUCAGUUUUUCCAAUGUAUUCUCAAAAACGUAGUUUUAUGCAUUUUAAUUCCUUUGGUACUUUUCUAUAUUCUUUUAUAUGACUGUAGAAUAUUUUAUGCUGCUGAUACUCCGAUAUUUGCGCCUCUAAAACAAACCAUGAACCGGAGAUGUUUUUUGGAAAUUGCUUUUUAAAAUAUCAUUGUUCUGUAUGCCUAGCGAGAAUGUUCAGUUUAAACAUGUUAUUUGGGAGAUGAGUGGGCUUUCACUGCUGUAAUGCACUUGGGAUUUACUUAUGUAUGUUAAACACCUCCUGGCUGUACCACUUUGGAUUGACAACUUUUGAAUGUUUAUUGCAAAAAUGAUAUUUAAUUGUAUUUUAAAUGUUAUUUUAUCAUGGGACCAACUAUCUGGAAAACUUUUCUAAUAAAUUUACUGCUUCAAAAGCA